AUGUCUCAAGAUCAAGUUUCAGUAAAGGAGGAAUGGGUGCUCGGGCCCGAAAACACCCCUUUCUACACUAAGACAUGGUCACCGAGGAAUGAACAACCCAAAGCUUGUAUUCUGUUCGUACAUGGAUUCGCCGAACAUAUAGCAAGAUACGACAAGUUCUUCUCGAUCCUCUCAUCAUCACCUUACUUAUUUCAUAUAACAGCAUUCGAUCAAAGAGGACAUGGAAAAACUUCCCAUACUCCCCUGACAGCAUCUUCGGAACAAGUUCAGGCAUGGAAACAAGAAGGUAAAUCUGUGAAAUUGGAGAAAAACGGUAAAAGACGUACGGGCGGUUGGGCAAAAGUCAUGCCUGAUAUAGAAUGGUUCGUUAAACGUGAAAGUCUAGUCGCCAAAGAAUUAGGAACGAGAUUGUUUUUACACGGUUUCAGUAUGGGAGGAGCACAGGUACUGGCUUUUGUCACCAGACCUACUUCACCACCUUCCAAAGAAACGAUCCAAUUACUCUCAGGAGUCAUUUCAGGUGGUCCAUUGAUUAGACAAAGUAAACCUGCUUCAUUCGUUCAAGUGAAAGCUGGAAGUAUAGCUGCUGGGAUAGGAUUGGGCAAUAUGCUCAUCCCAACACCGAUGGACUAUUCCCACCUCUCUCAUAACGAUUCAACGAAUCAAGAAUGUAAAUCUGAUCCAUUCUGCGAACAACUCGGUUCACUUCGUGGAGUAGCAGACAUGUUAAAUGGUGGAGCUUCACUUGAUUCUUCUGCUGGAUGGAACUCUUGGCCAAAAGAAUUACCUUUAUUAUUGUAUCAUGGCGGAGAGGAUAAUAUCUGUUCUCCAGAAGCGGCGAAAAGGUUUGGUGAGAACGUCCAAGCGAACGAUAAGAAAGUUGAGAUAAUUCCGGGAAUGUAUCACGAAGUUCACAAUGAACUGUCACCUACACCUGAAAAUUUAGCUAAAACAAUUGCGGAUUGGGUACAUGCUCGUUCUGGACAAAAUACCCAGAAUGGUGUAGAUCAGACGGCUGCUGGGCAGUCUAAACUCUGA